AUGCACUGUUCUGCGGGGAUUGGCCGGACCGGUACCAUAAUCCUUAUUGACGUUAUUCUAAGGCGGCUCUUCAGGUGCAAAGAAGUUAAUGUGAGUUCAGAUGCCUUGUUUAGGCAGUAUUCAGUUUUCACAACCCAAAAAAAACUUCCAAAGUUUAGCAAUCAAAUCGAAUUUCAGUUGGCAGACCUGUUCCGAAAACUGAGAAAUCAACGAGCAUCAUGUAUACAAUCAGAAGAACAGUAUGUAUUCAUCGUACUCAGCGUACUUGACUACAUUCAGACAAAAUGUCCCAAAUUCAAGGAUAAAGUGAACAAAUAUAAAGAAGAUUUCAAAGCUGCCAUGCUGCCUCCUCAAACGAAUUGA